GCUUCCGAAACGUAAACAAAGCGGUUGACAUCGAAGUCGAAGAAAAAAAGCAGCGAAAAAGUUUCUGUCCUCCGUGGUGGUGGUGGUGCUGCUGCUACUGCCGUUGUAGCCUACCGUUCGCUACGCCGUGUGUUUCGUCCUGUUUUCUGUGGUGUUUAGUGGCGUGAUUCGUGUUUCGUCCUGUCCGCCCGUGUCUUCUCAACUAGCCACAUCGUCCGCACGGAAGUUUGUGUCUUCCACCGUGGGAAGGAUGUGGGAUUCAUCGGUGUUUCUCAGCACACUGACCCCCAAGUUCUACGUUGCCCUUACCGGCACAUCUAGUCUCAUUUCCGGACUGAUACUCAUCUUCGAAUGGUGGUACUUCCGGAAGUACGGAACGUCUUUCAUCGAGCAAGUCUCAAUCAAUCACAUCAGCCCGUGGAUUAGUGGCAACGACAAUGGGACCGAUUCGCCGGUUCCAACCACGGCGAGCGGCAGCGGUGGAAGUGGAAGCGGCAGCAGCGGAACAACGCAAAGCAUGCCGGAGUGUAAAGUGUGGCGCAAUCCGCUCAAUCUGUUCCGGGGUGCCGAGUAUCAGCGGUUCUACUGGGCCACCCAGAAGGAACCGCUCACCUUCUACGACAUGAACCUGUCCGCGCAGGACCAUCAAACGUUCUUCACGUGCGAGGGUGACGCGGGGAAGGCCGAGUACGAGAUCAUGCAGACGGCCUGGCGCGAGCGUAACCCAGUCGUGCGCAUCAAAGCGGCCAAAAGUGCACUCGAACUCAACCCGGACUGUGCGCCCGCCUACAUCCUGCUGGCGGAAGAGGAAGCGACCACGAUUGUGGAGGCGGAGAAGAUCCUCCGCACCGCGCUGAAGGUGGCCGAGGGUAACUACAAGCGGUCGCAAACCUUCCAGCACCAGGGCACGAUCGCGGAAGGCAUCCACCGGCGGGACACGAACGUGCUGAUCUACAUCAAGCGCCGGCUGGCCAUGUGCGCCCGCAAGCUCGGCAAGCUGAAGGAAGCGGUCAAGAUGUUCCGUGACCUGACGAAGGAGAUCUCGCCCAUCAUGAACGUGCUGAACAUACACGAGAACCUGCUGGAGGCGCUGCUCGAGAUGCAGGCGUACGCCGACUGUCAGGCGGUGCUGGCCAAGUACGACGACAUCUCGCUACCAAAGUCGGCCACCAUCUGCUACACGGCGGCCCUGCUGAAGGCGCGCGUCGUGGCGGAAAAGUUCUCGCCCGACGUUGCCUCCAAGCGCGGCCUCAGCCCGGCCGAGAUGAGUGCGGUCGAGGCGAUCCACCGGGCGGUCGAGUUCAAUCCGCACGUGCCGAAGUAUUUGCUCGAGAUGAAGCAGCUGAUACUGCCGCCGGAACACAUCCUCAAGCGGGGCGACUCGGAGGCGCUCGCGUACGCGUUCUUCCAUCUCAGCCACUGGAAGAACGUGGAGGGUGCGCUCAACCUGCUCCACUGCACCUGGGAGGGCACGUUCCGCAUGCUACCGUACCCGCUCGAGCGUGGCCAUCUGUUCUACCCGUACCCGACCUGCACGGAGUGUGCCGACCGGGAGCUGCUGCCCGCCUUCCACGAGGUGUCCGUCUAUCCGAAGAAGGAGCUACCGUUCUUCAUCCUCUUCACCGCCGGGCUGUGCUCGAUCACCGCCCUGCUGGCACUGCUCACCCACCAGUACCCGGAGUCGAUGGGCAUCUUUGCCAGCACGACGCUCAGCUGGUUCUCGCUGCCGUUCCACUUUGUCAAGGAGCGCAUCGAAGCGAUCUGGCCCUGCAAUCUGCUGCAGCAGCUUUCACGCAUUUAAACUUGCCAUCUCCCCUUCCCCGCUCCCCACCUCCCUUCUCCCUUCAUUCCUCACAAGUGAUUGUGGUGCGUGCAAUGUCCGCGGUGUCUAUUUUUAGCGCUCUCUCUCUCUCUUUACGCCUCCUUACGGGCUUAUUUUAAUUCGUUCCUCCCUAUUACACUACUGCUGCGGCUUCUUAUUCCGCUAAAACGCUCCCAAACCUUCCCCAACCCGUGGGCCGCACCACACCUCGGUCAGCAGCAUAGAAGAAGAGGGUAGUGGAACAAAGGCACGAACUAACUUAAUCCUCAUGAAUGUCUUAAGCACAAAACAAACAAAAAGAACCUAAAAGCGCUUAUCAAAGGCGUUGCGCGCGCGAGUUGAAUGUUUGGCGUCGUAUGGCCACGCCGACAGUCAACGCCCGCGCGAACGCUGGGAUAGUGCGGCCGAUGGUUUUGCCGGCUAGCUGCGGGAUGAAGAUGGUGGUGGUGGGGGAUGGUAGUCGUCCACCCCUCCCUCCUCCCGUGGCACGGUGUUAUUGUAAUAAAUUUAUGUGAAUGAAUGUAAUUUAAAGCGACUACUGUGUGCGUAAGGAUAGUAUUGUACUACGCGGUGGUGUGUAAGCGCAGCAUCGCGCCUCUUUGGUCUCCAUUUUAUGUCGUUAGUUUUGUUCUGUGUGUGUGCGAAACGUGUAAGAGUAAAACAUUGAAUAAAAUAAAACUAUAAAUUAUUGAACAGAAGUAAUCAUACAAAUGAGCAUGAGAAGAA